GUGGUGCCUGCGGGGCGGGCUGCGGGAGGGCGGCGGGAGUUGGUGUUGGCGACGGUGACCACGGUCUCCUGGCAUCCCCGGGUGGGUGUGGGGGCCUCUGACACUGCCGACUCCGCGCCGUUGCAAAGCUGCGCCCAAGGGCGCCCUCCGAAUUGGGCGCCGUGUCCUCGUUUCACGGGCGAGGCGGCUUGGGCAGAGAGACGAAGCCACUUGUCCAAGGUCACGCAGCUGGCGUGUAAGGAGGAUCAGAGAAGAUAAUGCAUGUGGAAUUGCUUUGUAAAUAUCCCUGCGCUGAGAAGACUGAAGGAUUACUAUUGCUAUUUCAAAGGAUGGAAGGAGGCAGAGAGGGGCGGGUUGGGAUAGGUUGGGAUGAGGACCAGAGUAGUCACAAAGGGUUACUCUGAUCCCAGGCCCCACUGGAUGGGAAGUGAGGUGAGGAGCAUAUAGCUGGUCUUUCUCCCUUUUGGAGAAAACCUCACCCCCUUUUCUGGGCCACCCCUCAGGGUCUCCAUCACCCAACUCCAUGCUUCGAGUCCUGCUCUCUGCCCAGGCCUCCAGUGCUCGGCUGUCUGGCCUGCUGCUGCUCCCACCAGUACAGCCCUGCUGUCUGGGGCCCAGCAAGUGGGGGGACCGGCCUCCUGGAGGAGGCCCCCAUGCAGGCCCUGUGCAGGGGCUGCAGCGGCUUCUGGAACAGGCGAGGAGCCCUGGGGAGCUGCUGCGCUGGCUGGGCCAGAACCCUACCAAGGUGCGCGCCCACCACUACCCUGUGGCACUUCGUCGUCUGGGCCAGCUCUUGGGGUCUCAGCCACGGCCCCCUCCUGUGGAGCAGGCCACACUGCAGGACUUGAGUCAGCUCAUCAUCCGAAACUGCCCCUCCUUUGACAUUCACACCAUCCACGUGUGUCUGCAUCUUGCAGUCUUACUUGGCUUCCCUUCAGAUGGGGCCCUGGUAUGUGCCCUGGAGCAGGAGCGAAGGUUCCGCCUCCCUCCGAAGCCACCUCCCCCUCUGCAACCUGUCCUUCGUGGUGGGCAAACGUUGGAAGCUGCUCUGAGCUGCCCCCAUUUCCUGCGGCAUCCGCAGCAGCACCUCAUCCGCAGCCUGGCAGAGGCCAGGCCAGAGGAACUGACUCCCCAUGUGAUGGUGCUCCUGGCCCAGCACCUGGCCCGCCACCGGUUGCGGGAACCCCGUCUCCUGGAAGCCAUUGCCCACUUCCUGGUGGUCCAGGAAGCCCAGCUCAAUAGCAAGGUGGUACAGAAGUUGGUCCUACCCUUUGGGCGGCUGAACUACUUGCCUCUGGAACAGCAGUUUAUGCCCUGCCUUGAGAGGAUCCUGGCUCGGGAAGCAGGGGUGGCCCCCCUGGCAACUGUCAACAUCUUGAUGUCACUGUGCCAGCUGCGGUGCCUGCCCUUCCGAGCCUUGCACUUUGUCUUCUCCCCAGGUUUCAUCAGCCACGUCAGUGGCACCCCCCAUGCCCUGAUUGUGCGGCGCUACCUCUCCCUGCUAGACACGGCCGUGGAGCUGGAGCUCCCAGGAUACCGGGGUCCCCGCCUUCCCCGAAGGCAGCAAGUGCCCAUAUUCCCCCAGCCUCUCAUCACCGACCGUGCCCGCUGCAAGUACAGUCACAAGGAUAUAGUGGCAGAGGGACUGCGCCAGCUCCUGGGGGAGGAGAAGUAUCGGCAGGACCUGACCGUGCCUCCAGGCUACUGCACAGACUUCCUGCUGUGUGUCAGCAGCUCUGGUGCUGUGCUUCCUGUGAGAACCCAGGACCCCUUCCUACCAUAUCCUCCCAGGUCCUGUCCCCACACAACCCGUGACCCUGCCCAAAGAGUGGUGCUGAUGCUGCGGGAACGCUGGCAUUACUGCAGGGACGGCAGAGUGCUGCUGGGCUCCCGGGCCCUGCGGGAGCGGCACCUGGGUCUGAUGGGCUACCAGCUCCUGCCGCUACCCUUCGAGGAACUGGAGUCACAGAGAGGUCUGCCCCAGCUCAAGAGCUACCUGAGGCAGAAGCUCCAGGCCUUGGGCCUCCGCUGGGGGCCUGAAGGGGGUUGAGGGGGUAGACACAGGGUUCAGGAUGGCCCCCCUAUGGGGGGUGGACAAUUUGCACUUUGGCUCCUUCUGUUUUGAUUUGUCAUUAAAGCCCCUUUCCUUCCCCA